AUGCAUUUCACAACCACCCUCCUCCCUUUCCUCCUCUCAAGCCUCACACUGGCAACGACCAUCACAACCACCACCAGUCCCACCUCCACCAGCGCCGCCACCACCGGCUCAUCAACGGUUAUCAGCUACUUCGGCGCCAGCUACACCCUCUCCGACAUCCCAAUCCGCACCUCCACCAGCUACGCCGCCAGCGUAGUCUCCCUCAAUGCCCUGGCAACGACCUACGCGAUAAACUGUCUCCCCUCCGCCCCAACAACCGACUGCAGCAUCGCCUCCCCAUUGACUCUCAUUGCGGGCCCCAACACCUUCAGCUUCGUGGAGCCCUUCACCCUCUCCGUCGAGGCAUACGGCGUCACCGUUACCGAGAAGGGUACCGAGGACAUGGCGUGCUCGUUCACGCAUUCGUCCGAGUCCGCUACUUGUACUAUCAAGUAUGAUUUGACGGCUUCUGGGGCGGGGAAGACGACAUCGACCAGCGGUUCGACUAAGACGGGGAUUGCGACUGGGUUGGUGCAGUAUCAGGCUUUGACUGUUACGGGGGGCUUGGAGAAGUUUAAUGCCCCCUCUGCGACGCAGACUCCCACUGGUAAUGCGGCUGGGAAGAUGGCCAUGGUCACCGGUGUGCCGUUGGGUGCGGCGGCUGUUGCGGUUGCGGUUUUGUUGUAG